AUGGAGAAUGGAGACGAAAGACCUUAUCGGUCCCACACAAAGCCAGCAUGCAUUCCCUGUCGCCGGAGGAAAUCGCGAUGCAAGAUUGAGCCCCACUCAGACGAUUGUCUCAUGUGUCGCGUACAUGGCACAGAAUGCGCAUUCCCUGACGGCAGAGCCAAAAGAACACCUCAAAAAAGGCGUUCCUCGGAGGUUGCCCCAGUACUACCACCUCCAUCAUUAAGAGCACCGGCGACAUCUACUCAGCCGCUGGGAUCUCCUCUGGUGGCCUCGCCUCAAUUCUCCAUACCAACGCAGGCACAAAAUGAUCAGGAUACACCACUCUCCCUGGAAGCUGAAGACGACAAUCCCCACAUCCUUGGUCCAGCGGUGACGGGUGAUAAUCAUGUCUUGGCUGAUUAUCUAUCAAACAUCUCCGGGGGACAGGGGAUCCGCGAGAUCCGUCCUGUCGAGCCGGGCAGCUCCUCGUCUCCUGUGAUUUUUACAAAAGUCCAGAAACGGCCAUUUGGCCUGACCUGGAAUUCCAACCCAGCACUGCAUAAAUUGCAGAUUAUUGAAAAGCUCGUGGAACCUUGGGGCCCACACCUCAUUGAUCUGUAUCUGAAGAGGAUCAACCCCUGUUUACCCUUACUGGAUGAGAACUCGUUCCGAGCGCAAUACACCAAUGCGAGGCAUCGCAUCUCGCCUGCGUUGCUAGCAUGCAUAUAUGCCCACAUGCUAACAUACUGGCACUAUGAUCCGCUAUUAUCGCGUGAAAGAUGCCCGGAUGUUCGAUUUGUCUGGAACCUUGCCAUUGAAGCCUCGUAUUCCGAGCUGCAUGCUUCUGCUGGAAUAUCCACCAUCAAGGCCAUUCUACUUGAUGUAGGUGGUCGCCCAACCACAUCAAUGACAGGAAACGGUGUCAGACUUGCUUCAGCAACUGCGCUAUGUCAUUCCUUGGGGCUGAAUCGAAACCCCUUACCAUGGGAUAUACCUAAAGCUGAGAAAUAUUUGAGAAUGAAGAUAUGGUGGUCCAUCCUACUUCAUGACCGCUGGUCCAGCCUUGCAUAUGGCACACCACCUCAUAUCAGAAGAUCUCAAUACGACGUCCCUCUCCCCAUACCUGAAUAUCUCUCGGGCUCGGAACGAGACAGUGAAGCCAAUGCGGUUUUUAUAGAGCUUAUGCACCUGACAGAAGUGCUGGACAUUUGUUUAGAGGAUGUAUACAAUAUCCGCACUGCAGCAGAUCAUCCAACCAAGAACCUUGAACUGGAGCUAAACAAGUGGGUAGAUUCACUCACCGGCAAUAUCCGCAGAAUUGUAAUCCGAGGCUCGAAUCUUGACACACCCGGGGCGUCGAAUUUACGACUCGCAUAUUUAGCAACAUGUCUUCUCCUUCGACGAAUCGACCUAGAUCGCGAAAGAAGGUCACAAGAGCCCGACGGGGAGCAAAUGGCCAAUCGUGUCAUGGAAGCCCGCAGAACGGCGGAAGACAUUGUGUUUCUGGUCCAGGAACUCGGCGAAGCACAGCUCGGAGACUUUUGGCUUCCUGUCGUCGCGUUUACAUUCUCAUCAACCGUGACAUUCUUGAUCCGCUGCGCACUGGAGACAGAGCAGGCUGCUGGUCUAUCACAAAGUACUUCGCUGCGAAUGGCGAAUGACUUUUUGGAUUCUUUACGGUCACAUCAGAAGAACUUCGGGUGGGACCUCGCUGAUAUAUGUUUAGCACAGCAUUCGGAUGUCGUGGAGAAGCUCUUGAAAUCCGGACCGCCGGCUGAUACUUCUGAAGUGGCCAAUCCUGAAAUGGGCCAUCACUUUAUGCCGGAUAUGUCCUUUGUGGAUGAUAUGUUUCCUAGCAUUUGGGAUACCCUGCAGAGUAUAUAG